AUGCCUCGAAAUAUUCUCAUCACCGGUGCGGCGGGCUACAUGUUCGUCUUCCCAAAUCUUUUAUCCAAGCACCCUGAGAUCACCAAGAACCAAGUCUUUGCUGCAGUCAGAACAGACGAGCAGGCCAAAGCUCUUUCUAUCCAUGGAAUCAACGUUCUGAAACUCGAUUUAUCAGAUGAACAGGCUGUUGUCAACGAAAUAUCCUCUCACAAAAUCAGUGUCAUUGUACACGCUGCGAACUCCAUCGAUCCGGGGCUAACUCUCCAUUUGAUAAACAGUCUGGAAAAACAAAAGGAGGCAACUGGGAAGCCAACAUACUUCGUCCAUACCUCAGGGCUGAGUGCAUUCUACGCAAACUCAGGCUGGCCACGCACCAUCAACACAGAUACAGAUGCGGUAUUCGAGACGGAAAAGGAGUUUGCAGACUCGUAUCCAGUCCGAAAGAUGGAAGAGGAACUGGCCCGUGGAAUCAACUCUCCGUCGUGA